AUGAUUUCCUUCCAGUACCUCUGUCGUUUCCAGACAGAGAACGGCGAGGACUUCUUCGCCAAAUGCGCCUCGGUUAAGCCUACCAUCGGAUCGUCGGUAGAGGCAUAUCCAACGUACGAGGACCUGCUGAAUGGCCAAAAUGCUACCACAGCCACUAUAUCCAAGCUUCUAUCACCUCUGCCGCAAACAAGGAGCUCAAUUUAUUGCGUAGGGCUCAACUACUGGAGUCACGCAAAAGAAGCAAGCCUCAACGUCCCCGCCAACCCACCUGUAUGGACCAAGCCGCCCGCCGCGCUCGCAUCGCCAAAUGAAAUCAUACCUAUCAGUCGUUUCUGCGCCUCGCAUCUUCCCGACUGGGAGGGCGAACUCGUUUUCGUCACGUCGCGCGAGUGCCGCGACAUCACCUCAGAGCAAGCCUCUGAGUACAUCCUCGGAUACACGAUCGGAAAUGACCUUUCGUGCCGGUUCUUCCAGCUUCCCGAGCAGUCCGGCGGGCAAUUCUUCUACGCAAAGGCGUUUGAUAAGUUUGCGCCGGUCGGCCCGGUCCUCGUGAGCCCGAGUGUCUUUGCGAAGGAGAGGACAUCCGCUACGCUCGUCACCCGGGUUAACGGGAAGGUCAAGCAGGAUACGGUGAUUGAGAAGGAUAUGAUCUAUUCGCCAGAGAGGGUUCUCAGCUGGAUGAGUCAGAGUACAACUAUCCCAGCUUACACGGUAGUCAUGACGGGCACACCGGCGGGAGUGGGGGUAUUUCAGAAGCCGCGGCAGCUAUUGAAGGAUGGGGACCAGGUCGAGGUUGAGAUUUCAGGACUGGGGACGCUGAAGAACGUGGUGCGGUUUGAGGAGGGGCAGGAUUCCAUAAUGUAA